AUGAAGCCACAACUUAAAGCUAAAGCCUCAAGCAAACAUAGCAACAAAAGAGAAGGAAAGCAAGAAGAAGAAGAAAAAGAAAAAGAGAUUAUUGUUGAAUUUCCAUGGGCUUCUUCAAGAGCUUAUACAUGUGGCUUUUGCAAAAGGCAAUUUCAAUCUGCACAAGCCCUUGGUGGCCACAUGAAUGUUCAUCGACGGGACCGAGCAAAGCUCAGAAGAUCUCUGCCAUUGGAUUCGGCUACUAAUGAUGAUCAUCAUCAUGAUUUUCUCGGAUCCUCAUCUCAACCCAUUAAGUUUCUUAAACUGUAUGAUUUUUCAAGCUUUCAUGGUGAACAAGCUGAUGAUCAAUCAGAUGGUGGGUGUAAGAUCUGGAAAAAGGUUAACAAGUUUGUGAAGAAGAAGGAGACUGCUUUGCUUGCUACUUCAAAUGACAUAGAUUUGGAACUUAGAUUAGGGUUUUAA